GAGCACGAGUGGAGGUAAUGCUCGAAGAAUCAAGAUCCCUUCUCCGAUAAACAGAUGGAACUUCAGAAGAUUUCUUCCUAGUAGCAUCAACGAAGAUGAUCACCUGGGUCCGCUACCGAGGUUCUCGAAUAGGAAGCCAGUAGGUGCACCUCCUAGCCCCAUGACAAGAGAAGAGUACAAAAAAGCAGGGCGAACAUGGGGAGUAAUCAACUUCAAAAUCUCGCCCAUCUUGAAGAAGCGACAAUUCGGGAGCAACAAAAAGAAAGUAGUG